CCCCUCUUCCUCCUCCACCUUAGCCUACUCAGCAUGAUGGUGAUGGGAAUAAAGACCUUCAUGAUGACCCACUUCCACUCAAUGAGCAGUAAAUAAUCAUCAUGCCAUACAGAUCACGUGCUGUUCUACCUGCGCUCCUGCCUGUUGUCCCUGACCACAGUCACCAUGCCUCGGCGUAAGAAGGGUAAGCGCCACACCUCUGCAAAACGCCGCCAGGCUCAGCAUGGCACCCAGGAUCUGAGGGGCGCUCAGGUCACUGCCACCACGACGGAAGCACACACUUCUUCCUCCAGCCCUGGUCCCGGGGUUGAUGCUAAGGGAAAGCCGGGUGCUAGGUCUGGAUCCUCAAAAGAGCUUCUGAGAGCAUGGAGGUGUUAUUUGGUAUUGACGUGAAGAAAGACAACACUGCCAAGCAUUCUUAUGUCCUUGUCAGCAAGAUGAAUCUCCCCCGCAACGGGAUCGUGCACCGUGGCAGGGAUUUUCCCAAGACCAGUCUCCUGAUGAAUCUCCUGGGUGUGAUCUUCAUGAAGGGCAACUGCGCCACAGAGGAAGACAUCUGGGAUUUUCUGGGUCCUUGACCCUGCCGUCGUCCCUGGGAGACCUCACGUAGGACCGUAUGCCCCGCCUCUCCACUUCUGCUUCUGAAGCGAGGCGCCCCACCGCUUGCUGUGGCAUCUGUUCUGCAGAGAUUGAUUGUCCAGGACUCGUCUGGAGCUGAGGUUGCAGCAUCACCUACUUGCCUGCCUGGUCCCCUGUCCGCUGUGCCUGCUGAUAGUCAUGCCUCGGGGACAGAAGAGCAAGCUCCGUGCACGUGAGAAACGCUGCCAAGCACGCAUGGAGACCAAGGAUCUCGGGGAUGCUCAGGCUGCUGCCUCCCCCACCCCUACUUCUGGGAGUACACCCCCGGGCUCCCCCACUGCUGGUGCGGGCCAGAAUCCUCAGGGAGCUGCAGCCACUAGCUCUCCUGUUGCAGGGGCUUCACGCCCAAGAUCUAAAGCACAUGCCAGGCGCCAAGCUAAGCAACGUAGAAAUUCUUCCCAGGUCUCAAUCUUUUCUAAGCCCGCUCCCCCAGAUCCUCUGACCAAGAAGGCAGGGGUGUUGAUGCAUUUCAUGCUAGAGAAGUUUAAGAUGCAAGAGCCCAUUAAGAAGAUAGAUAUGCUGAAGGUUGUCCACAAAAUGUUCAAGGCACACUUCCCCGAGAUCCUGAAGAAAGCUGCUGAGCGCAUCGAGCUGAUAUUUGGCCUUGAAUUGAAGGAAGUCAAGCCGAAUGGUCACUCCUAUACCCUGGUCUGCAAGGAGGACCUUGCCAAAGAUGGGGUGCUGGGCAGUACCUUGGAGGUGCCGAAGAAUGGGCUUCUGAUGCCUCUGCUGAGUGUGAUCUUCCUGAAUGGCAACUGCGCCUCUGAGGCUGAUGUCUGGGAGUUCCUGAAUAUUCUUGGCAUCUAUGAUGGGAAUGCCCACAUAAUCUUUGGGGAGCCCAGGAAGUUCAUCACUGAAGAGUUGGUGCAGGAGAAGUACCUGAUAUAUCGUCAGAUUCCUGACAGCGAUCCCCCGAGCUGUGAGUUUGUGUGGGGCCCAAGAGCCCACGCCGAAACAACCAAGAUGAAGGUGCUGGAGUUUGUGGCCAAGAUCAAUAAUACCGUCCCCAGUGCUUUCCCAUUCCAUUAUGAAGAGGCUUUGAGAGAUGAGGAAGAGAGAGCCAAAGCCAGAUCUGCAGCCAGGGCUCGUGGUGCUGCUAAGGCCAUUGCCCACUCCAAGGCCCCACCCAGCAAUCCGUCCAGCCCCCAGUGAGGUCUCAGGCAGCGUCUUCGCUUUGUUUGACCAAUACUGCCAACCUUUUUAGUAGUGAGAGGAUAAAGUGGGGCUGGAAAGGUCAUAAUAUAUUUUUUGUGCUCCUGUUUUACCGUUACCUUUCAAAUGUUGUUUCUUUUCCUAGAAUGUUUGUUUAGAUUCAGAAUCCAAGUUUACAAAUGACACAGAUCACACAUUUGUUGUCUGUCAGAUCUAAGAGUAAGAGUUUUGGCACUGUGUAGUACAAUUCAAAAAAUCCUUGCAUCUUUUGGGGAUCCAGAACAAGAUAACAUAGCUUUGUAAUAGGAAUUUUCUUAGAAAUGUGAAAGAAUGCUGUGGUUUUAAAACAGAUGAAAACGAUGUAAGCUGUAGUCAAGUUUUGAUCUUUGUUAUUCACCUUUGUCUUUCUAACAUUUGGCAGUACCCUUAGUGAUACACUUAGCUGUUCUUAGCUUAUUCAAGAAUGUUGAUAAAGUUAAUAAGAAACUAC